AUGAACGACAGGGCACAAACACGACCCCGGCCCUCGUGGUCUUCUUCGGAGGGCGCGCCCAUACGAAAAGUAGUGUCCCAGCAAUCGACAGUUGAAGACUAUGAAGAAAAAACCAGUCAGUCGCCUAGUGAGGGUGCGACUCACUAUCCAACACCGCCCAGUUCGUCAUCCAAGAUGGAGUACACCCCCUCAAACGGUCAACGAACUGUCAGCGGGUCCGCCGUUACGCAGCUUACACCCAGCGACGAUACAGCUGUAACUAAGCCCAGUGGCAACAGGAGCAGGAUGCCAAGGGAAUCUAGGAACAUGAGGAACAAGGGAGCACAUCGACCUGCCAGUAUAUCUUCAUCCGGGCCCGAUCCGCACUCUGUCCCCCCUGAGGCCUUCGCAUCGUCCCCGGAAUCAAGUUAUUUUAAGAACCCACCCAGCGGCCGUCAAGCAGCGCCUUCGGCAUAUGCUCCAACAACUGUUGCCGUUGCCAACUAUCCUCAGUCUCCUAUUAGCCCCAUGUCAUACGCUGGUUGGGGACCAAACCAUACUCCUGCUGGCUAUCCGCCAUCACAAGACCCCUUUUCACCUCAGCAAUCAGGUUUUCCACUUGUCGAGCAACCUUAUCAUCCUGGAUUUACAUACGUGAACCAAAAGGCUAGCGCAUUGGAGCCUGCCUUUGUCAAUCAAAAUCCUUCAUACGAUACUCCGUACCCAGAAACCCAGGACGAAAUGGCUGCGAAUAAUGAAGAGCUCCCCAUCGAAGCUCUGGAUGGGUACGCAUCGAUAGCAGCCAGAAUCUCCGGCCAAGUCGAACCACAACUGAAACCCAUAUAUCGAAGAUUCGACUGGCUACUUCACCGCAACCUCUUGUGUUAUCAAGACCAGCUUGGGAUGUUGGAGGAAGAACUACUACGCAUGGAUUCCAUCACUACACGACUUGGAGGUCAUAUGCCCAUAUCUGCUCGGGAAGAGCGGAGGUUUGGCCGCCAGAUCCAUCAAGAUAGGUUUCAUCUUAUGGACACGAUAGAUAAUAUUCUUCGCAAGUACAGAAUUGCAAUGUCGACACUGGAAGAGAUGCAAAAACGACCGUCGCCAACGAACGACGAAAUACAAGCUUACAGAACUUAUCUGAACCAUCGGCAGAUUUUGAUAGAUGAGGAAACUCAAUUCCUUGGUGCGUCAGACCUUGUCGCUCUAUCAAACGGGACGGCAACAAACGUUCCCAGAGUCAAUCAAGCACCACCUGCCGCUCCACUUGUUCCUCUUAGAACUCUUAUAAACGGGUUUUCUAUGAGCUUUCUCUGUUUAGGGGUGUUGAUGAUGGUACUUCCUGAUCUCAUAACCCGACUGGUCAUGUUGGUCUGUUAUGGUGUGCUGGUAACUACGAUAUUAUCGACUACCGGACAUCUCAGACGACUGAGACAACUGUUCGAAGGUUAA